AAAUAACGUAAGAUUUAUUCCAUAAAUAGCUAAGAUGUUCAUAGUCUUGACAAAUAUACAUAUACACCCACAAAAUCCUCACAACUAAUUUACCUCAACAUUUCAUCUCUCCUUUUUCUUCCCAAGGCUUUGGAUCCAAACGAAGUUCUUCUUCCCCUUCACCAAAGAAUCACCGAUAUCUUUGGGUUGAUAUCCAAGUGCCUGGGAAUGCGGAAAGAUGUAUUCCAUCGCUGAGGCUUCCUUCGUCACUGUCCACGGGAUCGUGCCUCAGUCUGGACCAAUCGUAUUCGCCGUCGAAAAUGACAGGCGUGAUGAAUAUAUCAACGGCAAAAUCGAAUUUUGCAUCCGCAAGCAAAAUGGGGCAACACGUCAACUCUCUCCAAUUCCGCACGACCUCGUAAAAGGGUUGAGUUCUUUAUUCAUAAAGACUCAAUCUUUCUAAUUUUAUCACAGCUAACAAAGGACACGAAACUAGUGCUAGCAUAUAGCAAGGUUUCGUGCCUUAAAAAAAUGGAGACGAAGGAGAAAGUAUUGAUGCAAAAGUACGAAGUUGGGAGAUUAUUAGGACAAGGCACUUUCGGCAAAGUAUACUAUGGUAGGAACCUUAAAACCGGAGAGGGUGUGGCUCUCAAGGUUAUCGAUAAGGAGAAGGUAGUAAAAGUCGGGCUAAUCGAUCAAACCAAGCGGGAAAUAUCCGUUAUGAGUUUGAUCAAACACCAAAACGUAGUGAACCUCCACGAAGUCAUGGCCACAAAGACCAAGAUUUACUUUGUAAUGGAAUAUGCCAAAGGGGGCGAGCUUUUCCACAAAGUUGCAAAGGGAAGGCUUAAGGAAGACGUUGCAAGAAAAUAUUUCCAGCAAUUGAUUUCGGCUAUUAGCUUCUGCCAUGCGAGGGGAGUUUAUCACCGUGAUUUGAAACCCGAAAAUCUUCUCUUGGAUGAAUACGGGGUUUUGAAGGUUUCGGAUUUCGGUCUUAGUGCUUUUUCAGAGUCGAAGAGACAGGAUGGUUUAUUACACACGACAUGUGGGACCCCUGCAUAUGUUGCACCGGAGGUUAUAAGCAGACGAGGGUAUGACGGGGCGAAGGCUGAUAUUUGGUCUUGUGGGGUUAUACUAUUCGUUUUGCUAGCGGGUUAUCUUCCGUUUCACGAUUCAAAUCUUAUGGAAAUGUAUAGGAAGAUUUCGAGGGGCGAGUACAAAUGCCCUAAUUGGUUCCCGCCCGAAGUGAAGAGGCUACUUUCGAGGAUUCUUGAUCCUAAUCCGAAAUCUAGGAUUUCGAUUGCGAGAAUUAUGGAAAAUCCUUGGUUUCGAAAGGGUUUGAACACCUCCAAGAAAGUGGGAGUACUAGACGUGGAGAAGCUUCCGGAACCUUCCGAGGUCGUCAACGUUGUCGAAACGAAGAUGGAGUUGGCAAAACCGAGUAACCUAAAUGCGUUCGAUAUUAUAUCUCUCUCGGCUGGAUUCGACUUGUCUGGUUUGUUUGUGAGCAACGAUGAGAAGGAUGAAUUUCAGUUCACUUCUGUAAAAUCGCCUUGUACGAUUUUGUCGAAAUUCGAGGAGAUUGGUGCGAAUGUAGGGCUGAAAAUGACGAAGAAGGAUCGAGGGUCUUUGAGGCUAGAGGGGUCUAAUGAGGGUAAAAAUGGAAAUUUAUCCAUCGAUAUCGAAAUAUUCGAAAUCGGGCCGGUUUUCCAUCUAGUUGAGGUGAAGAAGUGUAGUGGAGAUUCGAUCGAUUAUCGGUGUUUGAUGAGACGGGAUAUUAAACCGAAGAUUGGGGAGAUUGUUUGGGCUUGGCAAGGAGAGCAACAGCUUUCUAAUUAAUUAGUUAUUAAGAUUAAGCUUUAUUAUUAAUUAAUUAUUAAGAUUAAUGUUGUUUAUUGGAAAAUGAUGCUGACUUUUCUUAAUUCUUUCUGCCUUGUAAUAUUUUGUUUCAGUUCUUUAGACAUUUUCUCACCAAGUGUUUUUUGUUCCUACCUAUUAUUGAUUUGAAAUUGUAACAAUUUUUUUUUAAGACAAUUUGUUUUGGUUUGAUGUAUUCUUUUUUAAGAA